AUGGGGAGCUGGCUGUUCACGGUUCUUCUGACGGGAGUGGUUCUGCUCGGUACUGCGGAGUAUUUUAACCUGAUUGACGCCCGGGCCAAGCUGAACAACGUGGCCGUUCCUUCGCGGCUGUCGGUUUACAUUGGCUGCAUCGGCUGCGCCAUCAUGCCGCUCAUUGCCAUGGUGAAUGGUGGGCUUUUGACUCCGGGAGCGAAAUUCGCGGGCGGGCUGCUGCUGGCCAUGCUGCUGACUCAGCCCAAGCGGCCUCGCUGGAGCCAGUUCACAGGCUACAUCUGCGGCCUUUUCUACUGCGGCUUCCUUCCUAGCUUCUGGGUCACGCUGCGGUGUGGGCUGGCGACUACAGCCACCACGUCGUCGCCAGUGGCGCGGGUGUGGCCUGCGCUGCUGGGAGGGCCGGCGCUGUGGACGACGGGGUUGGUUGCCAUCUUCAUGGGCUUUGCGGGGGUCAUUGCUGCCGACACGGGGGCGUAUCUGGGCGGCAAGACCUUUGGCAAGACGCCUCUCAUCGAGCUGAGCCCCAAGAAGACGGCCGAAGGGGCGUUGUUCGGGCUGGCCUCUUCAGUCUCUGUGUCCGUCCUCCUCUCCCGUGCCUUCAGCUGGCCUUCCACACCUAUCAGUGCGGCGGUGCUCGGUGUAAUUGUCUUCGCUGCGUCUCUCUUUGGUGAUCUGUUUGAGUCGGCUCUCAAGCGCCAGGCCGGAGCCAAUCAGGGAAGUCCACGUCACGAGAUUGAGAUCUCCGAUUCGGAAUGCGCGUCGCAGUCGCUGCUUUCGCGCCAAGAGGAGGAGUCGCUCGAGACGGAGCCGCUGACAGGCCCGCGAAUUCCCGGCGACGCCAGCGACCGCCCAUGCGACAGCAGAGAUCGCACGUGCGACACCAGGGAUCGUCCACCUCUCUCGCAAGCACGGCGAGAAGUCAGGCGACACGACUACGUUCCGGCUCACGGCAACAGAGAUAGCGGAACCGCGAGGCUCGGCGAGAGGCCCGGCGAGAGGUCCGGCGAGAGGUCCGGAGGGAGGUUCGGCGAGAGGUCCGGCGAGGAGGGCGGGUUGCUGGAGACGCUGGGGCAGGAGAUAGUGGCGAUCGUGACGCCCGUGUCCAUCUGCAUGCUGCUCGUCGUCGCGCUCGUGCUCGCGCUCACCCCGCACGGCGCCUCCGUCACAACGCCUACCAUUGCGACGCUGGUGUACCAAGAAGAGAGCACGGAUGCGCCCUGGCAGCGGCUGUGGGGGGCCUUGCUGAAUGCGGCGGCGAUGGUGGCGCUGGUGACAGUAGCCACGUUCGUGCUCGUGGGGCUGUUCUACUGCGGCUGUGCGCGCUGCAUCUGGGGCUACAUGGGCUUCUCUGGCUUCGUUAUCUUUGCCGGGCUGGGCGGCACUCUGGCGGUGCAACUCAUUCAGCGCUUCUCCAUCCCAAUAGACAUAAUCACCUUCUCUCUCCUCCUGUACAACCUGUCAGUGGUGGGCGUGCUGGCAGUCUUCUUCUGCCGAAUGCCCAUCUUCCUCACUCAAUCCUACCUCGUUGCCGUCGGCGCCAUCGUCGCCUUCUGGUUCUCCAGCCUACCAGAAUGGACCACGUGGAUGGUGCUCAUCGCCAUGUCACUCUACGACCUCUAUGCCGUCCUCACGCCAGGCAAGCCGAUCGUCGCCUUUUGGUUCUCCAGCGUGCCCGAGUGGACCACGUGGAUGGUGCUCAUCGCCAUGUCUCUCUACGAUCUCUACGCCGUUCGCACGCCAGGCAUAGCCAUGGAGCGAGACGUGGACAUACACCCUAGCACUCGUUUACUUACAUUGUUCUAUCCAUUCCCGAACCUCGGUCCCUCCCCUUCCCUCUCCCCUUCCCUCUCCCCUUCCCUCUCCCCUUCCCUCUCCCCUUCCCUCUCCCCUUCCCUCUCCCCUUCCCUCUCACCUUCCCUCUCCCCUUCCCUCUCCCCUUCCCCCUCCCCUUCCCUCUCCCCUUCCCUCUCCCCUUCCCUCUCCCCUUCCCUCUCCCCUUCCCUCUCCCCUUCCCUCUCACCUUCCCUCUCCCCUUCCCUCUCCCCUUCCCUCUCCCCUUCCCUCUCCCCUUCCCUCUCCCCUUCCCUCUCCCCUUCCCUCUCCCCUUCCCUCUCCCCUUCCCUCUCCCCUUCCCUCUCCCCUUCCCUCUCCCCUUCCCUCUCCCCUUCCCUCUCCCCUUCCCUCUCCCCUUCCCUCUCCCCUUCCCUCUCCCCUUCCCUCUCCCCUUCCCUCUCCCCUUCCCUCUCCCCUCCCCUCUCCCCUUCCCUCUCCCCUUCCCUCUCCCCUUCCCUCUCCCCUUCCCUCUCCCCUUCCUUUCAUACUUUAGUUGGCCCGCUCAAGCUGCUUCUAGACAAAGCCAUGGAGCGGGACGAGGACAUCCCAGCACUCAUCUGCGGUCCCUCACUCCACUCCGGUCCCUCUCUCCCUCUCCCGCCACACUCUCAUCCCUCCAUGCCAACUCGCCCCGGCCAUCCCCCACUCUCCUCCCUCUCCACCACCUCCUCCUCGUCCUCCUUCCCGCCCUCGCUGUCGCCUUCCACCGCAUCCAACCCCUCUCCAUCCGGCACCACAUUUCGGGCUACAAACAGCACAGCUGGUAGCACUCUCGUCCCUAACACCGCCCUGGGACAUGUGGCGGAUGGAGGAGGGGGAAGUGGGGGGGAUGGGAUGACGGGUGGUGCGGUGGGGAGCGGUGCUGGUGGGUCAAGGAGAACGCGCGUGCGAGGCCAAUUCGAGCGGCGGUUGCAGCAGCAGAGCAGCGUUGCUGGUGGUGCGAUUGGUGCUGCUACUGGUGCUGCUAGUGGUGGUGCUAGUGGUGCUGCUAGUGGUGGUGGUGAAAGGACCUUUGCUGGACAACUGAGUGCCUUUGUUGCUUCUGCUGCAGCCGCUGCUGCCACUUCUGCUCUGCGCCUCACAGGAGCUCAACGGCAGGAUGAGAGGCCGGGAGAGGGUGCAGGAGGAGGGAGAAGUGGAGUAGAGAGAGGAGGGGAGGGGCAGCAGAGGAGGAGUGGUGAGUGGAGCGAGCAUGCAGCAGGCUUGAAUCGCGGGGGAAGCGGAGUGCUGCUUAACGAGGUGCCUUAUAACGGGUCGGUGGAUCAGCAGUCAGGUAGCGGGAGCCGCUCGGGCAGCAGCAGAGGGCGGCGGGGAGGCGAGAGCGGGCGAGCUGGUAGCUCUAGGAUUGGGAGAGUGGGUCGAACGCUCUCCAUGCCGUCUCCCAAGCAGGGCGGGUUGGUGGAAGGGGGAGGGAGAGGGAGAGGAGGGGGCGUGGGGGGAGUGGGGGGGAGUGGGGAGGAGGAAGCAGUGGCGCCUGUGGUUCGAGUGAGUUUGGCUCAUGGGGAGCGUGUGGAGGUGAGGGGGAGUAGGGAAGGAGGGGGGAUGUUGGGAGUGCAGGAACGGGAGGGUGGGGCAGGAGCAGAAGCAGAAGCAGCAGGAGCAGCAGGAGCAGCAGCAGCAGGCGGAGGAGGAGGAGGGGGAGGAGGAGGAGGAGCAGUAGGAGCAACGGGAGCAACAGCAGCAGCUGCAGGUUCGUUGGUGGGUGGAGAGGAGACAUCAGUGAGAGGGGAGGAGGAGGUGGAGCGAGAAAUAGCACGGCUCAGAGAGGUUGCCAGCCAGCACCUACGCGAGAGAGAGAGGGAGAGAGAGCGGGAGCGGUGGCGAGGCGGGACAAUCUCCCGGGCGGUAUCGCUUGGACCGGAGUGGAGCAUGGGGGCAGUGAGUGGCGGCAUUCGGAUGAGAGCGGGUCUUGAGGGGCAGAUUGCGGGGAUUGAAGGGCAGAGUGUUGGAAUGGACGGUUUGCCUGGUGUGGACGGGCAGAUGAGAGGGUUUGAGCGGAGGGUGGUCGGCUGA